AUGGCUAAGUCAUCAGCAAUCAACAAACAAGUAACACUAGUAGUUUUCAUGGCCAUGUUGAUCAUGAGUUUCUCCUCUGGAGGGCAAGCACAAAUCCCUUGUAGUACAGUGUCCACUGACCUCUAUCCAUGCCUGAGAUAUAUUAUGAAUGGGGGAACAGUUGAUCCUGCUUGCUGCAGUGGUAUUAAGACUCUCAUCAACUCAGCUAAGACCAAAACUGAUCGUCAAAGUGUUUGUUCUUGUUUGAAGUCUUUUUUGUCAAAUGCAACUGAUGGUCAAAUCAAGAAUGCUGCUGCGAUUCCUGGACUAUGUGGUGUUAAACUUCCGGUCAACAUUACUCGUAAUAUGGACUGCUCAAAGUAA